UCAUAUUCAUUUAAUACUAAAGUGUUUAACAGUUUAACAAAACAAAUUAAAAGUGUUUCAACAAUUUACUAAAGCGAUUCCAAUUAGAAUUUGGGCUUCGGACAACAGCACCAGCAACACCAACAAUAAUAAACAUAAGUUUCGAAAAACGUAUAUAUUGAAGUUACAUAUAUAUCGAGAAACUUGUGCCAAAAAACAACCCAAAAGCAAUAUUAGACGUCGCGGCAAUUGCGCAACAAAUAAUAUUUCUGUCUAAAGUUAACCAACGACAACAGCAAUAACAACAACAACAACACAAAUGUUGUGCGACCCGCAGAUCUAUUGCCCAACAGCUGGUUAUCAAUAAUAAUUCUUUGUGGCCGGUUCCCUUAGAAUAACCAACCACUAAGCAACACCCUGAGGCGACAGCACUCACUGUGCCAUUUUGGUUAACUUUGGAAAGUCCACAUCCACGCACAUACACACACACACACACACAAAAUAUACACACAAACAUUCAUACAGACAUAGCUCAGCAGAAUGUUGGAUCGAUGUGAAAUGCCGAUACAAUUGGACAACGAGAAGCUGCGACGCGAUGUGCGUCUGUCCAGCUCGCGCCUGGACCUGCCGCUGCUGUGCAAUGUGGGGCGACGCCUCGAGGGGCACACGAAUGGCAACGGCAACAGCAACAACAACAAUAAUGGCAGCAGCAGCCAUGUAAACGAGAGUGCAGCAAACACACAGAACGGCAAUGGCAACAGCAACAACAACAACAACAAUUUGGGCUCCCCCGUUUCCUGCUCGACCACAAACAGCGGCAGCGGCAACGAGCGCGGCUCCUCGACCAAGUCAAACAGCAGCAGCGGCAGCGGCAGCUCCGGCAACUCAGCCAGCAGCACGGGCAGUGCAGAGCUCAAAUGCAACUCGCCCAUGACACCAUCAGAGCUUGUCAAAAAAUACCGCAAUUAUUUGACUGAUCUGGAGUUCGAAGAGCUGAAGGUAUACAAAGAGGUCUGGUACUUUGGCCAGCAUGCCAGCAAGAACUACAAGCCCGCCCCGACAGCCAACACCACAAAUCUGGGCUAUGACGAUGACAAUGGCAACUACAAGAUCAUUGAGCACGAUCAUAUAGCCUUUCGCUAUGAGAUUCUAGAGGUGAUUGGCAAGGGCAGCUUUGGCCAGGUGAUCAGGGCACUCGAUCACAAGACCAAUACACACGUGGCCAUCAAGAUAAUCAGAAACAAGAAGCGCUUCCUCAACCAGGCCGUCGUGGAGCUCAACAUCCUGGACGAGCUGCGCGAAAAGGACGGCGAUGGAUCUCAUAACGUAAUACAUAUGCUGGACUAUACGUACUUUCGCCGGCAUUUGUGCAUUACCUUCGAGCUGAUGAGCCUCAAUCUGUACGAGCUGAUCAAGAAGAACAACUAUAACGGUUUCAGCAUGAGUCUGAUCAGACGCUUCUGCAAUUCGAUUGUCAAAUGCCUGCGUUUGCUCUACAAAGAGAAUAUCAUACACUGUGAUCUCAAGCCGGAAAACAUUUUGCUGAAGCAGCGCGGCAGCAGCUCAAUAAAAGUCAUCGACUUUGGCAGCUCCUGCUAUGUGGAUCGCAAAAUCUAUACCUAUAUACAGUCGCGAUUCUAUCGGUCCCCGGAGGUGAUACUGGGCCUGCAAUAUGGCACCGCCAUCGACAUGUGGAGCCUGGGCUGCAUCUUGGCCGAGUUGUACACGGGCUUUCCGCUGUUCCCCGGCGAGAACGAGGUGGAGCAGCUGGCCUGCAUUAUGGAGGUGCUGGGCCUGCCGCCCAAGGUGCUCAUCUCGGUGGCUCGCCGGCGUCGGCUCUUCUUCGACUCGCGCGAUGCGCCGCGCUGCAUCACCAAUACGAAGGGCCGCAAGCGCUCGCCGGGCAGCAAGACGCUGUCACAGAUUUUGCACUGUCAGGAUAGGUAUUUCAUAGACUUUCUGCAGCGGUGCCUGGAGUGGGAUCCCGCGGAGCGGAUGACGCCCGAUGAGGCCGCCCAUCACGAGUUCCUGCAGCCGUCGGCGUCGAGUCGGCAUCGCAGCUGCCGCAUGUCCACCAGCUCGUCCAGCUCGGGCCUGAACAGUGUCUCCCAGAAGUCUUCCUGCUACAACUUUGCAGAGAUCUCGCCGGGCAACGGGCCAGUGGUUGCCUCCAUAACGAGCACCACAGCCGUUAGCAAUGCGGCCAUCACGACCAAGUCCAUCACCAGCAGCAGCAGCAGUUCCCGUCAGCCCCAUGGCCAUGGCCACACCCACGGCCACGGCCACGCCCAGUCGAACGGCCACCUGCCCGACAUCAAGCUCAGCGCCAGCGACAAAUACAACAGCAUGCAGAAGGUGGCCGUGCGCUCCAAGAUCACCUCGAGCGUCUCGGAUCUGGAGUCUGUGCAGCAGCAGUAUUCGUUGCAUCGCAUCUACGGCGGCGUCGGCAGCGGCAGCACCCAUCACGUCUCCUCGGCCGCCACCAGGAAGCAUCUCAACGGCAGCAGCAACGCGACCAACGGCAACAGCAACAGCAGCAGCAACAUCAACGGGAGCAGCAGCAGCAGCAGCAAAUAUGGCAGCUCAACGCUGGCGCAUAAUCAUCACAAUGUGACGCAUCACAAUGCAUCCACGGCGACGAUUGCCACGGCCACGCAUCAUCAUCAUCAUCAUGGUGUGGGCGUGGGCGUAGGCGGGGGCGUUGGCCAGGUGGGCGGCCAGAUGACGGGUGCCGGCUCCAAUGUGGCCAUGUCACACUCUCAGUCCACGGGCGAUGUCUCCGACCGGGCGAUCUUUGGGCGGGCUUGACUUAGGGCGCGGCCCACCAAGCUCGAGCUGAAGAAGUGCAAGCUGGUCAAUAUGAUGGACUUCUGGAGCUAGAAGUGGCGUCCACAGCAGUGCGCUGACCUGCGGGAGGAAUAGCAUGCGACUGCUGCUUCCGGCCCGCAAAACCUAGCUGUAAAUGUUUAGCUAUACAUAUAUGUAUAUGUAUAUAUAUAUAUAUAUAUAUGCGUAUAUAUAUAUAUGUGUAUGUAUAUGUAUGUACGUAUUUAGGUCUAUAUAUGUACGUGUAUUGUGUAUUAAGUGUGUCUCUCUUUAUCCGGUUGACAAACAGACAUUUAAGAAAUAUGCGAAAAAUAUAUAUAUAUAAAUAUAUAUAGUUAUAUGAUAUAUAGUUGAUAUAUACACACUCACACACACACUUGCAACAGUCUUGCAGUAUUCUCAGUUAAUUUCAUUGAUUUUUAUUUUUAUUUUAAUUUUUUUUGCUACUGCCAUAGCUAAAGCAUGCAUAUACAUCUUGAUAUAUGAUUUGUAUUUCCUAAAAAUGUAUUUCUCUCCCAAAAGUAUUCGUACGACUUCAACGCCUUUUCAUGUGCAUUCACGCAAAACUGUAUUCAACACGAACAAAUUGAUAUAUCAUAAAUAACAUAAUAAUAAUGAUAAUGAUACAAAUUAAAUAACAUAACCUAGUUAUAUAUAUAUAUAUAUACAUAUACAUGUGUGUAUUAUGUAAGCAAUUCAAAUCCAAAAUCUGUAAACAAUUUCCAUACAGCUUCCAUGUGUUUUGCAACAGUAUCAAGGCUGUUACUAGUUACAAAUAGAGAUUGUGACUAUACUAUAUAAGUUGGAAUGUUUCAUCAUCAAUUCAAAGCUCAAAUGUAGAACUCUUUAUAA